CAGGCGUCCCUCAACACCUAUUUAUUGAAUAAAAUUAACAUAAACACAGUGUGGCAGUCCACUGUGCCUUUGGAAUUUGGAUCUACUUGGAAGUCCUUGAUGAGUACAGGAAUGGUGCCGGCCAAGGUUUUGCUCUUGUAACUUAUCCUGAAGAAACUAAUCUCCCUCGAUAGACUGAAAACUCCAGUGGGCCUGGGUGAGGACAACCUCACCAUUUUAUCCCCGGGACCACGCACAGAGUUGGCACUCACAUGUGCUGUGUGAAUGAAUGCAUCCGUGAGUCCAAUAAGCAGAGAAGCUUCGGGGAAUAAGGUUCUUCCUAAUGUGUCGGUUCCAUAGAAAGUGGCAGGGAGGAGAGUGCAGAGGGGAGAGUUCAUGUUUUGAAUAAUUUACUAAACUAAAUCAAGAUAGAAGGUUUAAGGGGAAACCACCCUAAUUUGCCCUAGUCCUUGUUCUGUGAGGAAGAAAAACUGGAAGAUUCUGCCUUCUUUGGGGUUCCUUUAAAACAAUCUAGCCCCCUACAACCCUAUUGCUUUUCCAUAUUUUGUAAAGAGAGGUAGCUGGGAAGCAGUGGCAUGCACCCUAAGCAGAUUUCUUUCACAGAUCAUUCACCCAAAUUCCCUUUUCUGCCUCCCAAUUUACCUCCAAUGCUCACCUCUGACCCUAACUCUGCCUCUCACCUUUUGUUGUUGUAGGUCCGGGGUUUCCAGGGAAGAACUUAGCUUCCUUGUUUCGCCUCAGAGAGCACUAGACAUUUUACAGCUCCCUUCUGAGAGUCUGUAACAGGGGUGCAGAGAAACAUGGCUGCUAGGUCCUCUCAGGCACACUGGGAGCUCCACCUGGUCCUCAAGACACUGUAGGGCCCAGGAAAACCAGGUCAAGUUGAAAACAGAGCUCAGAUGAAGCCGAGCAUGAGUUGUCAAUGCGAAUGAAUGAAUGAGAAGAUUAGCCCCUCUGGCUCUCAUGCAGGCUUGAGGUUGUCCCCGGAAGUGGGCUUCGCCUAUGUAAGUCCAGGCCUGCCUCUCAUCCUGGCAUUCGGUGCUACGUACACCAAGAAUCCCGAGGUGCUCUCUCCACACUUCCACCUCCGGCGGAGUCUGGAGGCCCCCUCCUCACCUCCCUCCAUUUGGCUUCAUCCAAACUGGGGGUAACUAGAUGCGUGUGUCACUGAAGACCCACAAAGGCAGCAUAUUUUUGUUAAAAGCUGCAAACAGUUCAUGCUCUUAAGAGUAAGCUACAACGUAUCGCCUACACAGUUUUAGAUUUAAGGACACCGUGGUGAAAGGUGAGCGCCAUCUGCCUUUCGCUGUAAAAGACAAGGGUUGAAGACAGACUUCCGUUCUCAGCACGGAGGGCUUUCCUUUGCUGGCUUUAUCCUUCAAGAUACUGGUACAUCUUCUCAACGGGAACGACAGAACAGCAAAAGCAAAUUCUGCAACCACGUCUGUCUCCAUCUUUAGUUAACCUGGCCAUCGAUUACUGAGGAAUAAGGAAGAUGAUGUGGAUUCUGGGAGGUAAAGAACGGACCAGCCAGUUUCAGGCCCUGAGCUAUCAAACCCGGUUCUUAGAAUCCACGUUCUCCAGUCUGGCUCUUUGUUUAGAGAAAGAAAAAAACCAAUAGGGUGGCUUGAGGGAGACAUUUCCCCAUCUUCACUGAAGGCCGAGGAGAGAUCUAUUACCGAGGAUCCUGUGGAGAAAUUUGUGAACAAUUGGAAGAGUUUAUCUGAUGGCUGACCGGUUGUGAAAUUUAGUGUCGAGUAUUUGAUUCUGAAAGUGAGGGGAUUAAUUUGGGAAUUGUGAAUUCCUUGUGUGGAAAAGGAGAAUGUAUUCCCUUUGUUCUGUUGGCCUACAAAAACCAACACCACCAACCACAUCUAAGUGAGAGGGUCGGCCCUCUGCUCAACAAAGUUAACAUUCUUCUGUUUCUUCCUUUUCCGUCCUUACAAUUUUGAUAUAGUUAUUUGGCUGCCUUUGUGUGUGUGUGUGUGUGUGUCUGUGUGGAAAGCCUAAAGGCCUGGGCUUUUGCUAAAUGUAUGCCUUUAAUUUUUAUCUGAUAUACUUCUGUCAUAACAUCUUGUUUUUUUGAUCCCAGUGCAAAGCAGAUGUACCACAAAUGUUUGUUGACUCUGGUCCUUCUUCUAAUAACAGUGAUGGGAAAUCCGGGGAAAAGAAUGUGUUGUUUUCUCAAAUACUGCUCUGUAAAUCUCAGACGAUAAACUGCCAGCUAAUUACCCCCUGGGUCCCAGGCUUUCACUAGGGCCUUCUAAAAUACACAAAACUCAAGUGAAGGCAUGACACCAUUAGCACUACAUAAUUCAAGCAAACAAUAAAUGUGUUUACUCCGCCUGGCUACUGACCACCUGCCUUUCCAUCCCACAAGGCAGGUAUCUAUAUAUAGGAUCUCCUUGUUUGCCUUCCUGCAGAGAGUGAGCCUUUCUUUCCUUCAGGCCUCACCAUCUGUGAAUCCGAAAGAAGCCUGGGCCCCCGACAGCAUGUGUCUUCUCUUACUUCAGCUGCUGGUGCUGCUGGCUUUAGGGAAGGCUGCACAGGCGUGGGAUGGCCGCCCAAGGCAGAAUUCGGUCUCCCCUGUGCUCCUAGAAAGGGAUCGCAGAGAGCUCCCCCUUGGCAACCACGAGGACGCUGAGGAGAAGCCAGAUCUUUUUGUCGCGGUGCCCCACCUCAUAGGUGCAGGAGAAGGCCAGGGGCAGCGAGAGAAGAUGCUGUCCAGGUUUGGCAGGUUCUGGAAGAAACCCGAGAGAGACCUGCACCCACCCCAGGACUUGGUCCAUGAGCGCUUCCCACCUGGGACCCAGGCCGUCACUACUCAGCUGAAAGAUGGGAUGCAGAUGGAGAAAUCUCCUCUUCGGGAAGAGGCCAAGAAAUUCUGGCACCACUUCAUGUUCAGGAUGAGUCCAGCUUCUCAGGGCAUCAUCCUGCCGAUCAAAAGCCACGAAGUCCAUCAGGAGACCUGUAGGACAGUGCCCUUCGGCCAGACGAUCACCCAUGAAGACUGUGAGAAAGUAGUUGUACAGAACAACCUUUGCUUUGGGAAAUGUGGGUCCGUUCGUUUUCCUGGAUCUGCACAGCACCCCCACACGUUCUGCUCUCACUGCUCGCCUGCCAAGUUCACCACGAUGCACUUGCAGCUGAACUGCACCGGCCUUGCCCCUGUGGUCAAGGUGGUGAUGCUGGUGGAGGAGUGCCAGUGCAAGAUGAAGACCGAGCAUGAGCAUGGACACCUCCACCAGGCAGGCUCCCAGGCAGAAUUUCAUGGCCAGGAUCACUUCAUCCCAGGAUUUUCCACUUAAAAAGAGAUCCCACUAUUACCUUUGAAAAGCAAAACAACAAUAGCAAAGGUGCUGGAGUAUUCAGCUUGGAAGUAUUAGUGGGUGCACACUAUUUUAAGGAAAAGGUGGUUCCAAAGUAGUAAGAUAGAGCAAUUUAGAGGCAAUGGUGUUCAUCUAGCUUUGGGUACAUAUUUGGGUUCUAGUCGUGGCUCUGCCCCCCUAGCAGGUCGAUGUUAAGGAGCUGUGGAAGCUUUCUCCAUCUCGAGGGCUCCAUCUCUAUGUGAGGAACUGGAAUCAGAUGACUGCUAACGUCCUUUCCGCUACGAAUGUUCCAUGAUCUAGGGUCUCCGCGUUCCGGUAAAAGUGCUCCAUCUGAAGUUGGAGAAGAAAUAAAGUGGACCCUAAAAAUUGGCUUUUUUACAUAGGGACAGGGAACAAUCGUUGGUAGCCACACAAGUACCUCCACGAUGGGGAAAUAAAAAUAUAUGACCAGUACCAGACUUAAAGUUCAAUCCAGAGAUGCCAGUGAAAAUACCCGAGGAAUUCCAGUGGACGUCAGAUUAAAUAAAGUGCAAAUGCUUAAAAACUGAAACAAUUUACAGGUGAAAUUCUUUAUCCACGUGCAUUUUGGAUUAGGUAGUAAGUUAGAGUUCUGUGUUGGGAUGACUGUUUUUUUUGCUGCAGUCUAAAAACUUCGUAUUACAGAUUUUUUAUUCUGUAAAUGCCAUACUUGCGAGUUCUGAAAAUAUUCUGAAUAUUUUAAUGUAUUAAAUUUUAGUGUAUGAAGCAUCCUGGGAAAUGUCAUGGCAUUCAAUUGUCUUAAAUUCCGUCUUAAUGGUUUUUUCUGUCCCAUAACUUAACGUGCUAUCUUAACGUAGGUAUCUGGAGACUACCUACCUGGAGCAUGUCUCAAAUGGCUUCAGAGGCUAAUGAUAAUGCCCAAAUGUUUCUUCUGACACUUCCAGCAGUUUUCUGUUAACAGAAAAGUCACUGUCCUUAGUGAUUCCAUUUCUCUUUCUGUAUUUAUUUGUAUUCAUACAUUGUACAGACUGGCUUUCC